AUGGCGGCUGAGCUCACCAAGCAACACGGAAAGACCCGGUUCAACGUCGCCGAGCCUGACCUGAAGGCUCUCGCAGAGACUGUCAACACGUUGAGCACGAGCGUGCAGGACGCGCAGAAGCAGGGAUCCCGCGUCGUGGACGAGGAGAUCGGCGAACUGUUGGCAGAACUCAACAUUGAACCCGGAAAGCCGGUCGCGGGGCAAGCGGUGGCCGCAAUUCAGGGGUGGGCUACCAUCGAGGGCGACGAGGAGGUGGUAGAGGCUCUUCGAUUGGACGCGGUGGAAGACAUGACAGCACUGCUGGCUGGAACAAACUUGUCUACCGGCGGUGACGACGAGGAGGACGAACAGGACCAGGGCGGCGGCGGUGCGAACACGGGGCGCGAGCGCCGGGCCCCACGUGCGCCACCGGGUUAUGAAGAACCGUCGUCUCACUUCGGCGCCCUGGAAGUGGCAGCAGAGGACAGUGGCAACGGAGACGCGGCGUUCUACCUAACGAAAGCGAAGAUGUCGAUGAUCGCAGCGCAUUCCGCUAGGCGGGUGCGCCAGACAGACAUUAGAGGAUUUGUCGCGACGUAGAGUUCAUGGUUGUUUCUUUUUCUUGCGGUUCGCUUCCUGUCGUGUACUUGUAGUUUUUGUUUUUUUUUCUUGCAACAUCGAAGCGGGUACGCCAGGCAGACACUCCAGUGUCGCGACGUAGUUUGGGGGGGAGAUGCAACUGUAGUUAGUGCAGUAGUAUUGAUUUUUGUUUUCUUGCAGUGCGCUUCCUGUCGUGUUUCUUUUUCUGUUUUGUUGUUUGUAUCUUGCAACAUCGAAGGAGGGGCUCUAGGGCUGAGAUAUAGCUACAUCCGCUCUGUACGAACGGGAGCUUUAC